UUUCCAUUCAUGGCAGUCCGAGAGGCUCCUUGUGUGUUUUCGCCCAGUCUUCAGCCAGGAUACAUACAUACUCCCACUGCCGACCCAAACUGGCCACACACCUACCCACCCUCCCAUCCGCCCACCCAUCUAACAAUCCUGGAUCCGAGCCAGCUAGUUGGUUGGCCUGGCGUCUCCUCACCGUCCUCCAGUGAAGUUGGCCUCAGCCGAUCAGCUGAAGCGAGGUCGGCCCUUGUCGACUCAUGGUCGUCGUGGCCCAGGCCAUGCCCAGGCCAUGCCCAGGCCAUGCCCAGGCCUGAAACCACGUCGUGCCCAGUGCAAGUCUGGCCCGCGGCCACGCGGCCCUCCCACUGACGUGACCUUUGGACUGACAGGCCAAAGAAUUGUAACAAUUGCACAUCUUGCCAUUGAUUGACCUUCCUUUGGCCCUACUACCCUUUUUUUUCGUCGACCCCUCACUUGAAUCACUUGAUUCACUCGAUUCACGCACUCAAAUAUCCAGCCAGCCCGGCUUGGUUACCCUGGAACUUGGGGCCUUCGAAUCCCUGGGCUGUCCCACUCUUCAUCCUGUCAUCCCCCCGACCCAUGGGUCGGAGGAGCCCCUCGAACCACGCCUAGCAUAAUCCGUCAUCCCGGCCCUCCUGGCCAGCGGUCCUUGGGCGCCAUGGCCACCCCCCAUGCCCCGGCCGCCCGGUCCAUGACGCACCCCCCGCCGCCGCCGCCGCCCGCCGAAUCCACGCUAGACCUGGGCGAUCCGGUGCACGAGCAUCGCCAAGUGUUUUCGGGCCAGCUGAGCAAGUUCACCAACGUGAUGAAAGGCUGGCAAUUUCGGUGGUUCGUGCUCGAGCCCGAAACCGGCACCCUCGAGUACUACAUCCCCGAGGAGCGCAACACGGGCAAGUGUCGCGGUCGACAACAUUUGGGUGAGGCCGAGGUCUUGCCCAGUGUGGAGGACGAACACACCUUCAACGUCAAUUUUAAAACGGGUGACGUGUAUAAAUUGCGUUCCGCCGAUGCCAAGGAGCGGCAACGAUGGGUCGACCGCAUUCGCGCCGUGAUUCAGAUGCACAAUCAGGCUCAUCAAGCUCUGUCCCGGCCCGCGUUGCCCAUUCGCGAGCCCCUGCCGGCCACCCCGCCCGGAUCAAAGUCCCACAUCAAUGACGGCGAACCCUCACUCUCGCUCCAAAACCUGUCCUUGACCGUUUUGGACGCGUUUGCCUCCGUCCAUCACAUGAUACACCAAGCCGAUUUUAAGAGGCAGGCCCUGUGUCAGGCGAUUGAAGCUCUGCCCUCCGCCCAGGGCACUGUCGGCCCUCAGAGCUUGGAUGAAGAUUUGCUGAUCCUCAAGGCCACGGCCGCAGCCAGCUUUAUGGCCAUGCAGCAGAGUCUGACCAUAUUGCAAGGGUGCAUGGACGCUCGUCAAUCGCAACCCUUGGCUGCCGCGACGCCUCACAUCUCUAAGUCGAUUUUGAGCUCGCCCAAGACCACCAGUCGUUCGCAAUUCUUCAUGCCGUCGCCCACGAAAUCUAAAUCCGGAUUGGCUAAAGACGGGUCAUUGUCCACUUCCACGAGCAGUCUCCCGGCCGCCACGUUGUCCGAGGCCACGUGUCAUGCGAGUAGUUGACAGCCACUCCAAAGUCCGGGUAGCCGUCGGCGUAAGAAAUUCCAUCACAUUACUAGCGGUCUCCGAUUUGUCAAUAAGUUGCAAACUCCAAAGAAGAAACGCAGUCAAAAUUAACCUUCUGAGUCCACUUGAUUGGGUGGCAAGUGCGAUCAAGUCCUGGCGCGGGUCAGGCGAAUCCGUGGUGUUUAGUUAUACCUUUGUACAAAGUUGUUGACCUUUCAGAGUUUCAAUACCGCUAUCCUUCCCUAGCCAACGUGUAGGAUGGACGAAAAGAGCCCUUCUACUCCUGUGGGGCGUUUCUUGAUGCCACUUUGAGCGAUAAAUUCUGCAUUCCGACUACCAAACUUGGUUCUUGCAUUUCCAAUUAUUUUCAUGCUGACAGAAUAUUAGUGCUUUUAUUAUUGUUGAUAUCAUCCCGUGAUGCUGUGAAACUCGAAUUCGAUUUGCCUCUCCAUUCUGAAUUUUCCAACAAAUUAAACGGAAUAUUUUCUUUCA